AUGACAGUAGCUGAAACGGAUGAAGAAAAAGAUCUGCUAACGGCUGAUUUCCAACAGGUUCUUCGAUUGGAGAAAAUGUAUAAUAUAACACAUUUAUUGCUUGUUUUUUGGAUACCCACCGCAAUUAUUACAUUUUCAUAUAUGUUUGUCAUUUGUAAAUUUAAUUCAAUGCAACGACAAAAUGCUAAUCGGCCUUCAUGCAUUAAUUAUGUUAUUUCACGUAUAUCACGUAACAAGCAAUACGGCAGCUUAAGAGUUGAUUCGUAA